AUGGCCCCCCAGCAAGGCCGUCAGCCUGGUGACAAGCUAAAGAAACGACCGGCUGAGGCUUCAUUGACAUCUUCUUCUGUCAAGAAACCCAAGACAGACGCCAGCGGGAGACAACAAGGCAACGCAAAUGCAGGGCAGCAAAAUGGACGGAGUGAGAUGAAGCACAGCAAGACCCAAAAUGGGCCAUCGAACACGAAAGACGUCAGAAGGCCGGCUCCGAAUUUUAGGGAUGUCAGAGCUAUUGCAGCCCAGCCUGCAGACGCUGCCCUCAAGGAUGGCGAGCUGGAUGUUCAGGCCUUUCUCAACGCUCGAGGCUUCGAGAUCAAGGCUUUGGACGAAAGUAUGAGGCGCACCCAAGUCUCUCAGACUAGCCGGGCUUUUCAAAAGGUGCCCUUUACCAUGAGACGGAGAGCUGCCGCUCACAACCACAAGAAGGUCCCGAAGCGAUUGUACAGGAGGGCCAAGAGGGAAAUGGAGUUGGACAACACCCCUACUGUGAACUCCAAGACAAGAAAGCCAAAGUCUAAUCGUGCUCGCUUACGAGCAGAAACAGCCCUUCGGCUAGGAAAAUUGGCCGAGAGAAAAAGACGACAGAAGCUCCGCAAAAAGGGAAAGGACGGUAAACUUGACCCGGUCACUGUGCAGACGAGAGUCGCUCGUCCAAAAUUAAGGAGGAAUACUCUCAACGAGCCUCCUGUCAUGGCCAAGAAAUUCAGAAAAAGACAACUGAACAAGACCUGGCUGCCAACUCACCUCUGGCAUACCAAGAGGGCAACAAUGACUCCGCCAAAAGAUCCUCUCUGGAGAUUUGCAAUCCCCCUCACACCAACUCAAAAAUGUUACCGACCAACACAUCGCGCACUCCGCGAGAAGGGAGCCAUGGCCUGGGACAUGAGUUAUAUGAGUACCAUUGGCUUGUCUGGAGCUGAGAGAAGUGUAACUCAGGUUCUCAAAUCACUUGGCUUAACUGCGGAAAGUCUUUGGGAUGAAAGCGGUGCGAGAUGGAGAUCCGGCGCUGUGCAUUGGAAUGGAACCUUGACGAGAAUGAAGGAAACUUCUCCGAGAUCUAUCGGACCAGCCACAGUCAUCUGGGAUCCCAAGGUGCAAGAGGAAGACGUCGAAAUGACCUCGGAAAGCAAACCAGAAAGCAAGGUUGUGCGACGCAUAUUCAUCCGGCUUCAUCCCUCGGCAUUUCUCGAGACAUUCAAUGAACUCCUUCGGCUGGCAAAGGGCCUAACACCACGUCCCUAUAUCGAAGACUUGCGUUAUGAGAUUGGAAGCAUCGAGGUAUCUGGUCCCGACUCUACAGAGGCGUUGCUGGGUGUCCUCUCUCCAUAUCCUUCAAAAGCAGAGGCCACUCAAGAACCACAUGCAGCAAAAUGGCAAAAUUUACUGGGCGUUAGUCCUUCUGUUCUCCCAGUUGGGUCACUACUUGCUUUUUCAGUAAUGGAUCCUCGUUUACGAUACCCCCCAAGACGGGUACAAAAUCCGAGUUCUGCCACCCAGUUGCAUCACACAAGCACAGCGUGGCAUCGAGAGUUGACGCCCAAACCUAUUGCUCUAUUUGACCGUGAUAUUCGCUUCAAGGCCUGCCAACUUCCGUCCCAAAAAGCACUCAAUCGUCGAAAGGGUAAGAAUGCGCCAGGCUCUUUCCUCAAGCCAACGCAAGCUGACCCGGAAAUCCCUGUCGUUUUACUGGCCUCAAGACAAGUCGAAACGCCGGGGAAGUGGACACUGCUUAUGCCAUGGAAAUGUGUCCUUCCCACGUGGUAUGCUUUGAUGCACUAUCCACUCUCAUCGGGCGGGAACCCGUCGCUCGGCGGACUUCAAGAAAUACAGCAGAGUUGCUUUGAGCAAGGGCUUCCUUGGUUUCCCGGAGAUUUCCCCGCCACCGACGCCGGCCAGGCAUGGGAACUCGAACAGCGAGAAGCAAGGAAGAAGGCUUGGGAUCGAAUGCCCAAGGGCAAGAGGGUCAAUUAUCAGACCUUGGAUCUGGGUGCCGGUCGAAAGGGCGAAAUCGGAGAAGGCUGGGCCUGUAAUUUCGAAUCCAUGUUCGACUCGAGCCAGAAGAGCACGGCCACCGAGAAGCCGGAUGUGGUCAUGGCAGACCAGGACGACCAGAGUGCUGGGGGAGCCGAAAUCCGCCAACCGAAAGCGGCAGAUCCAUCAGAGCAUCCAUUGUCACAAAUGACUCAACUCUCCAAAGUCAAGUUCAACGCAGUGCUUGCCGGUAAAGCAGAUACGCUGCCGCCCAACGCCCUGGUUACUGUGAAGCUCAAGCUGCAAGGUCGAGGCGUUCCUGGUCCUUGCGCCCGCGUGUACAGACUACCCACCAGCAAAGCCACCAGCAUGGCAACACAAGCCGAAGUCCCGGCCACGGACCCGUUGGUAACUAGCAGUAACGGCCUGCCAUCGAAUCUUGCGGAUAAAUGGCUGGCGACAUUACCGCAAAAGGGCAAGCAGCCCCGGGCUACGCCCAAGGUGAAACACAACUCGACGGCCAACAUUGAUCUUGAGCUGCGGAAGCGUCUCCUGGCGCAGGAGCUCACGGCCCCUCCGAAUACCGAUGGCGAAGGCAUCAACGGCCAUUUAUUAUGCCCAAACGCAGAGGACCUGAUGGGAUUCGUCACGACGGGCAGUUUCAGCCUGAGGGAAGGCCAAGCAGAGGCUAUUGGCAGCCUGUCGGCGGAAAAGGCCCUCGAGGCGCUCAACAGGUGCAAGGGCAAGAAUGAUGGCACGUCUAGGCUAGUCGUCGUCCGUAACGCUGGUCAGAGUAUCGGGUGGCUCGCUCGGUGGGAGCUGGUGUAA